AAAUAUGGCCAUCACAAUUGUGACAGAAGCAGUAUUACAAUGGCUAUCUCAGCACUAACACGUUUAGUUCUAGUGCUAAUAUUUGUCUCACUAAUUCAAAGUUCACCAACAAGACUGACCAUCGAAGCCUUUUAUCCAAAGGGUUUACGUCUUUUAGUAGAAGUUUUAGAUGAUUCUACGUUAAUAAACUUCAAAUUCAAAGCCAAAAUAAAAAGAGCGAACAGUACUACUGAUGACGGCGAAAUUAAUGCCAAUGUAACAACACCAACUAAUGGUAGAUGGGUUUAUAUAGAUCCUUGCUUAAAGUUGAAUUUCGGUGACGUCAUCAACUACGAUUUUCACAGUCUGCACCAGCAUUAUAAUAAAUAUAAAAUGCACAUGAAAUUGAACAUCAAUCAUACUAUAGAAGCCAACAACCUCUCCCGUGCUACCAAGGUGUACGACAAGAUUUGUUGUUCUCAAUUGACGCAUUAUUUUUGUUUUGGUACUUCAGCUAAGGUAUUACAGGACGAUACGUGGGAAUGUCUGCCCACUAUCACACGACUGCGUGUCGGCACCGCGUGCGCUGACCGGAUAAUAUUCGAGGACCACUUCAACAGUCUGAACGAUGACUUGUGGCAGAUCGAACAAUACAUACCAAGUGAACCUGAAUACACUUUCGUGUCAUAUCAAAGACCGCCAAAUGCGCGGACAGUGAUGGCGACGGAGGGAUAUUUGCGGAUUGAGCCGAAACUUCAGCACGAACUAGAUAACUUCAGUAAUGAUACCUUGUGCACUGGAUCACUCAAUCUUUUUAACGGGUGCACGAGAACAGCAGAGUCGUGCAGUGCGACAGCGAUGGGUGCUAGUAUUCUGCCGCCGGUGGUAAGUGGCCGAAUCACAAGCAAGACCUUUGCGUUCACGUACGGCGUUGUUGAAAUCAGAGCGAAACUGCCGCAGGGAGACUGGCUUUACCCAGAAAUUUUACUUGAGCCCUUACUAAAAAAGUAUGGUACCCCUAACUACGCAUCUGGAAUAAUAAAAAUAGCAUCAGCACUCGGCAACCGCGAGCUCUUUGACGGACCAAAUGAACUUGGAAAUAAGGUUCUAUACGGAGGUCCAAUAAUGAACUCGGCAUGUCGUGAUGUUCUGAUGGGUCGUAAGGAGUUGUACAAUGGAUCACAAUGGGGGGACGCCUUCCACGUAUAUGAAAUGCGGUGGACACCAGACUUGCUAAGCUUUAAAGUGGACGGUGAAGAGUGGCUGCGCGUGGAACCGACAGAGAGCGGGCUGAGGGGCCGCUUCAACCGUUUCUGUGACAUCCCGCGGAUAUACCUCUCUCAGGGCACUAAGAUGGCACCUUUUGAUGACCAUUUCCAAUUAACGCUGGGCGUGGCCGUUGGAGGGAUAACAGAGUUCAAAGAUGACGUCAUCACAGGGGACGGAUACUCGAAGCCCUGGAAGAAUAGGAACAGGAAAGCUAGUUACAACUUCUGGAGGGACUUGCCCACCUGGCAACCGACGUGGCGUCAUCCUGCUCUACAAGUGGAUUACGUCAAAGUAACUGCUUUAUAAUAAAACAAAUGACAAUAUAGUUUUAUAAAUUUUCUGUAAUUGCAGUCUUGUCAGACCAGUCGUUGUCUUCUCAUCACAUUAGGUCAGUUGUAUGCUAGAGCUGAGUUUAAGCGCUACUUUCCUAAUGCACUGACAAGAUGUAAACCAGGCAUUAGACCCUUACAAAAUAAUUAAAUAUUUACCCUUCUAUCAGUCGAGUAAAAGA